UAUUUUUGGUCAAAUUUAAAAUAGUUCAUCAUUGGGUACUACAUCAACUUAUCAACUUCUUCUAGUUAGUCUGUGUAAAGACAUGGAAGAGAAGAAUCUUGUUUUUGCUGUUAACAACGAGAGGUUUGAGCUCUCAUCGGUCGACCCUUCGACUACUUUGCUUGAAUUCUUGCGAACCGAGACUCGUUUCAAGAGUGUUAAGCUCAGCUGUGGUGAAGGUGGUUGUGGUGCUUGCGUUGUGCUGCUCUCCAAGUAUGAUCCCAUCCGUGAUGAAGUUGAGGAUUUUACCAUAAAUUCAUGUCUAACAUUGCUUUGCAGUAUACAUGGAUGUUCAGUUACAACAACUGAAGGCCUUGGCAAUAGCAAAGAUGGCUUUCACUCAGUACAACAGAGGCUCACAGGGUUCCAUGGUUCUCAAUGCGGCUUUUGUACGCCUGGAAUGUGCAUUUCACUCUUUGGGGCCCUUGUUAAGGCUGAAAAUACUGACCGACUAGAUCCCCCUCCAGGAUUCUCCAAGCUGACAGUAGUUGAAGCAGAAAAAGCUGUUGCAGGAAAUCUUUGUCGAUGUACUGGAUAUCGACCCAUUGCUGAUGCAUGCAAAAGUUUUGCAGCAGAUGUCGAUUUGGAGGACUUGGGAUUUAAUACUUUCUGGAAAAAGGAGGACAGUCAGGAGGCAACGAUAAGUAGAUUACCUGUGUAUAAUCAUAGUAAUUGCACUUUUCCGGAGUUUUUGAAAAGGGAAGUGAAUUCUUCCUUGCAUUUUAAAACAAAAGGAUACUGUUGGCACAAACCUGCUACGUUUAAGGAGCUUCAGAACUUGAUAAAAACCAGCGAUGCUGAUGGAGUUCGGGCAAAACUAGUGGUCGGCAAUACAGGUGUAAGUUAUUAUAAGGAAAUAGAACACCAUGACAAAUUCAUAGAUCUCAGAAAUAUUCCCGAGCUCUCAAUCAUCAAAAGGGAGAAGUCUGGAAUUGAAAUUGGUGCUGCUGUGACUAUAUCUAAAGCUAUUGACGCUUUGAAGGAAGAAAGGAAAGGUGAGUUCCCCUCAGACUGUAAAAUGGUAUAUAAAAAAAUUGCAGUCCAUAUGGAGAAAAUUGCUGCUGAAUUUGUUCGAAAUACAGCGAGUAUUGGAGGAAAUUUAGUGAUGGCACAGAGUAAACAUUUUCCUUCAGAUAUUGCUACAAUAUUUCUAGCAGCUGGUUCAUCAGUUGAUAUCAUAUCUGACACCAAGCAUGAAAAGCUUACACUGGAUGAGUUUUUGGAAAGGUCUCCCUUGGAUUCGAAAAGUGUACUUUUAAGUGUUAAAAUCCCUAAUUGUGAAUUUUUUAAGAGUACAUCUCCUGAAAGCGGUAGUAAAUUAUUAUUUGAAACCUAUCGAGCUGCAGCGAGGCCCCUUGGAAAUGCUUUGCCCUAUUUGAAUUCUGCAUUCAUGGCUGAUAUUGCCUUGUCUAAGCCAUCUGGUGAAAUUGUGUUAAAUAGCUGUCGGUUGGCUUUUGGUGCUUUUGGAACCAAACAUGCAAUUAGGGCAAGGAAAGUUGAGGAAUUUUUAGCUGGAAAAUUGUUAACCAUCGGUGUUAUUUAUGAAGCAAUUAGACUGCUUAAAGGUACUGUUGUACCUGAAGAUGGGACUCAAAAUCCUGCAUAUAGGUCAAGCUUAGCUGUUGGUUUUCUUUUUGACUUUCUUAGACCAUUAUUAGGUGAUAAUGGGUAUGGUUGGUUGGAUGGGCAUUUAAAAGGUUCAGUUAAUGGUGGAAAACUAAAACAGAAUCAGGAAUCGCUGGACCUCCUCAAAGUCCCCUCUUUGCUAUCUUCAUCAAAGCAGGUGAUUCAAAUUAGCAAUGAUUACCAUCCAGUUGGUGAACCGGUUGUAAAAUCUGGAGCUUCUCUUCAGGCUUCAGGUGAAGCUGUUUAUGUGGAUGACAUUCCCUCUCCUAGAAAUUGUCUAUAUGGAGCAUUUAUUUAUAGCAAGAAACCUUUUGCAAGGGUAAAGGGUAUAACACUCGACUCAAAAGUUCUCGCAGAUGAAGUCACUGCACUUAUUUCUUUUAGAGAUAUUCCGAAAGGUGGGGAAAACAUAGGUUCUAAAACUGUUUUUGGUUCUGAACCUCUGUUUGCUGAUGAGCUUACUCGAACUUGUGGAGAGCGUCUAGCUCUUGUGGUUGCAAAUACACAGAAGCAUGCAGAUAUGGUGUCAAACCUUGCAAUGGUUGAUUAUGGCCUGGAAAAUCUAGAUCCUCCCAUUUUAACUGUAGAAGAUGCUAUUGAGAGAUCUAGCCUUUUUGACAUCCCUCCUUUCAUGUUCCCCAAACAAAUAGGUGAUAUUUCAAAGGGAAUGGCUCAAGCUGAUCAAAAGAUUCUCUCAGCUGAGAUAAAGCUUGGGUCACAAUACUAUUUCUAUAUGGAAAAUCAAACCGCCCUUGCUGUGCCUGAUGAAGACAAUUGCAUAGUAAUUUAUAGUUCAAUUCAGUGCCCUGAGUUUGCACAUGCUGUUAUUGCAAGAUGCCUUGGUGUUCCAGAACAUAACGUACGUGUGAUUACAAGAAGAGUUGGAGGUGGCUUUGGUGGAAAGGCUAUAAAAGCCAUGCCUGUCGCUACAGCAUGUGCUCUAGCUGCAUAUAAGUUGCAGCGUCCUGUUAGAUUGUAUCUCAAUCGCAAGGCAGAUAUGAUGAUGGCGGGAGGAAGGCAUCCCAUGAAAAUAAAAUAUAGUGUAGGAUUCAAAUCUAAUGGGAAAAUUACAGCCUUACAGCUUGAUAUAAAGAUCAAUGCUGGGAUAUUUCCAGAUAUAAGUCCAAUGAUGCCGUAUAAUAUUAUGGGCGCACUGAAAAAAUAUAACUGGGGAGCUUUAUCUUUUGAUAUAAAGGUCUGCAAAACAAAUCAUCCAAGUAGAUCAGCUAUGCGGGCUCCUGGAGAAGUGCAAGGAUCGUAUAUUGCAGAAGCUGUAAUUGAGAAUGUGGCAUCUUCUCUUUCAAUGGAUGUAGAUUUAGUGAGAGACAUAAAUCUCCACACUUGUGAGAGUGUUAACUUAUUCUAUGAAAAUAUUAUCAGUGCACCUUCAGAAUACACUCUAUCUUCCAUAUGGGAUAAGUUAGCGACAUCUUCAAGUUUUCUCCAGAGGAGUAAAAUGAUAAAAAAGUUCAACAGCUGUAAUUUAUGGAAGAAAAGAGGUAUUUCUCGGAUCCCAAUCGUACAUGAAGUGACGCUGAGGCCAACUCCAGGAAAAGUAAGCAUUUUAAGUGAUGGAUCUGUUGCUGUUGAAGUUGGGGGAAUAGAGCUCGGGCAGGGGCUCUGGACAAAGGUAAAACAGAUGGCAGCAUUUGCUCUUAGUUCAAUCAGAUGCGAUGGAGUAGGAGACCUCUUUGAUAAAGUAAGAGUCAUUCAAACUGACACCUUGAGUAUGAUCCAAGGGGGUUUUACUGCUGGGAGCACUACAUCUGAGUCCAGCUGUGAAGUAGUGAGACUUUGCUGUGUAGAUUUGGUUGGCAGACUGACACCUUUAAGACAUCGGCUCGAAGAGCAGAUGGGUUCUGUAAGAUGGGAAAUGCUUAUUCAACAGGCAUAUAUGGAAUCUGUGAACUUGUCAGCCAGUUCUUUCUUCAAACCUGACUUUGCUUCCAUGCAAUACUUAAAUUAUGGUGCUGCAGUGAGUGAGGUGGAGGUAGACCUUCUGACAGGGCAGACAACAAUUGUGAGAUCAGAUAUUUUAUACGAUUGUGGACAAAGUCUCAACCCUGCUGUAGAUUUGGGACAGAUUGAAGGAGCUUUCGUCCAAGGAAUUGGUUUUUUCAUGCUUGAAGAAUACACAACAAACCCGGAUGGAUUAGUGAUGGAGGAUGGCACAUGGACGUACAAGAUCCCCACGAUAGACACCAUACCGAAACAGUUCAAUGUCGAGAUACUAAACAGUGGACAUCACCAAAAGCGUGUUCUCUCUUCCAAAGCUUCUGGUGAGCCGCCGUUGCUUCUUGCAGCCUCAGUUCACUGUGCUACAAGAGCGGCAAUUAAAGACGCCAGAGAGCAGCUUUACUCGUGGGGUUGCAUAAAUCAGCGCCCGUCAACAUUCGAGUUGGAUGUCCCUGCCACCAUGCCUGUUGUAAAAGAGCUUUGUGGACUGGACUGUGUGGAAAGGCACUUGCAGUGGAAAAUGAAUUGCACUUGAAUGGAGGAUUUUGUUCGGCUAUACACAGAAUUAGAACUUGAAAAUAAUAAUACUAAAAAUACGAAGAAUGAUGAUGUGCUGUAUUGUAUGUAAAUUAGAAUAAAAGGGAGAUUUUUCUUCCUGCUUACCAUAUCCCUCAAGUUAGAAUGCCAGCCAUCGUUCUUCAAAAGUAGAGAUUAAGUUGUUGUUCAGUAUUGUAACAGUUAAAUAGAAAUUGUCACCCAUAUUUGAUCAA